GCGUUUUCUCGCGCGUGUUUCUAAGAUUGGCGUUAUAUUAAAUUGAGCAUGCCGGUUAGCAAUGUGGAAGUGCCUUCUCUACAGCCAGUGCGUGAUCCUGUACUGUUUCCCUUGGGAUUAAAAGAAGAGGCAAAAAUGUUACUAGGUUCCGAAGACAUUACAAUACACGCAAAGGAUUUACGGAAGUUAGCUCAUCUAGGAUCUGGAUAUUAUGGAAGAGUAGAAAAAAUGAUCCAUACACCCACGUCACACGUUUUCGCUGUCAAACACAUUUCCGUCCAUCUGAAUUACCUCUCAAGACCUCUUAUUUCUCGAGAAUUGGCUGUUGGUACACGUUGUAAUCACCGAUCUGUGGUUACUUGUUACUGUGGUCUGUUUUGUGAAGGUGAUGUUCUUAUUGUUAUGGAGUUAAUGGAUACAUCUUUGGACAAAUUAUUAAAGAAAGUUUACAACCGUGGUCGUAUUUUUCCCACUGACGUCCUAGCGUACAUUGUAUUAUCGGUUGUUGAGGCCCUUGAAUAUCUACAUCAACUUGAAGUUAUACAUCGUGAUGUAAAACCUUCAAACAUGCUUGCAGAUUGUCAUGGCCGAGUAAAGGUUUGUGAUUUUGGAAUAUCAGCCGAUUUAGAAAAUUCAAUCGCAUUAACCAACAUAGGGACAAGAGCUUAUUUAGCUCCAGAGCGAAUUAAUACACGAGAGAACGAAGGGUUUUGUAUUCGUUCAGAUGUAUGGUCACUUGGUCUGAGUGUACUUGAAUUAGCAACUGGAAAACCUUGCUAUCCUCAAUCGCAAAAUGUAUUUCAGCAAUUGGUCCAGGUUGUUCACGAACCAUCUCCACAAUUGCCAGAAUCAAGUUGUUAUCCGAAUUCGCUACGUAAAUUCAUUGAUUCAUGUCUUAUGAAGAACAAGGAUGAUAGACCGAACUAUGUUCAACUACUGGAGUCAGAAUUCUUAUCAACUGUUGACGCUAAAAGUGGUCAAGAAUCAUUUAGACUAUUUUUAGCAGAUUAUCUUGAUGAUAAUGAAAAAUGUUAAUAAUUCAUUAUAAUAUCCGUUGUUAUUAUUGAUAAUGAUGUUAACUUACUUAAAAAGUAAGUACAUGUAUAAAUUUUCGCAAUCACAUCAUUAACAUUAGGUUAUAUGUAGGAGGAAUUACGUUUUCUCUGCCUGCUUUCAUUAACAAAAGUUGUUUACUAACCUAUAUGUGAUACAUUCCGGUUUUUUUUUAAUUUCCAAAUUUUAAAAGAUUUCUUUGCUCCUUAUUUGUCUAUCAGUGAUGAUUACAAACUAAUCUUUUGGCCAGCCUUGUUGUUAUUGCUUUUAUCUUGCCAGCAUAUAUAUAUAAUUCUCAUAUAUGUAUAUAAUUUCUUCUGUCACUGUUCUCGUUUAACAUUAAAAUAUCAAUGGUAAUUACAUCUAACAUGUGGUAUUGUCGUUUUAUUUUACUUUUAAUUUUGUCUUCCCAAUUUCGUCUGUCCUUAUAAAUAAUUGGUUCGAUCACUACUAGUCAGCAAUAAUAAACAGAUGAAGAAGACUUUUUUAUAUAGCCAUUUUCACAGUAGUGGGAUUUUCUGAAAUUUAUUUUAUUAUAGUGAUUUAUGCUUUUCUAUUAACGAAAUAUUAGUCAUGACCAUUAAAUGCAAUCAUUUCCGUUAAUACACUGUUAGUUACAAUUUUUUACAAUAAUAGUAUUUGUUGAAUUCAUUAAGAAACUUUGUUCGUUAUAUUAUUAUUAUUACACAGCUGGUAAAUAGAGAG